AGACAUGAGAAGCUUGGCCAGAAAAACCAACCGAUUAAUCUCGUGGAAUUUGUAUCAUUCUUGGAAGUUCGGCGUUCAUGUUCAACUGGACGUUCGGUUUCAGGUCGAUGCCAUGUCAACGUGAUGCGAUGUGACGAAUGCGCCGCUAUUGAGCCACUAGCUGAGGGAAGCGCCGAUACAUGGGUGCCAGCGCUUGAACGAAGUCGAAAGUGCACACUUGCCGAGCUGAUAUUGCAGAGAAUCAGCUGA